AUGGCGAUUGAAACGGGGAAAGUCAGAAGAGAAUUUGCACAGAAUCAGAGGGCCCCAAUGGCCGCUGAGAGUCCGUCACGUCAAUCUGUCGGUGUGGAGGUUGGGAUGGGGCUCAGUAAGCAAAUUGGAAGUGGAGUAAAUGCAAGAGAUGGCACUAGCCCCGAUAUGGCGCUCCGCUGCGGAUAG